AUGACUAGCCAGUGCGAUGUGUGUGCAUCGGCCGUGGCCUUGGCCCGGCCGCCGGGCGGGAAGUGCUCGGCGCCUGGCAGUUCAGACCGCAGUCGCGAGAUGGCGGCCCGAGCGCAGGCACGCGGCGCGGCGAGGAGCGCGGCCAUCUUGUGUCUCUCGCUCUGCUGCGCGCUACCCGGCGCCUCCACCAAUAGCUGCUCCGUGGACGUGAACAGGGACCUGGCGGUCCAGGAGCCGCUGCUGCUGGUGGACGGGCGGCUGGCAGCGCCGCGCGGCGGCCCGCGCCGGAACUCCUCGGCCGCCAUCUUGUUCAGCGGUCCGGCGACCGUGGCGUGCCCGGGCCGCCGCAACCGGCUGGUCGGGCUGGGGCAGCAGCGAGUAGAGGUAGCGUGCCGGCACGGCAGCACGGUGACCUUGGCCGGGAGGUCAGUGACCCUGCGCGAGCUGCAGUGCGCCUCCAGGCUCGCCGCGUCGCUGCAGGCCACGGACACACCCUGCGGGCCGGGCGGCGCCUCGCUCGUGCGUCUGGGCUUCAAGGUUGGCGACCAGUUCCAUGACAUCAUCACAGCAUGCCACGACUCGCUGCAGGUCUCCACGCUGUACACUCGGCACGUGCUGCAUGGGGCGGCGCUGGGUGGGCGACAGGCCUCGGAUGGCACGCCCGGGUUCGAGUCUGGCUCGCUGCACCAUGGCUUUGCCAUCGCCCGACUCUACAAGCAGACCACAGUGUCGAGCACGCUUACGAGGCUGCUGGGCUCCAGGACACUUGCGGACCGCUACUUGCUAAAAACAUUCAUUUCACGUGGACACCUCGCGCCCCGGGCAGACUUCGUGCUCCAGGCCUACCAGAAUGCGACCUUCUUCUACGCGAACGUGGCGCCCCAGUGGCAGAGCGUGAACCGCGGCAACUGGCUGCACGUGGAGGACCGAGUGCGCAGACUCGCGCAGCGACUCGAACACGACCUGGUGGUGUUCACGGGAACUAGCGGGGUGCUGGCACUCCGCGACCACCAGGGCCGGCCCCAGGAGGUCUACCUGCACGGCGGCGCCACCCGCAAGCUGCCCGUGCCCAAGUUUCUCUGGAAGGUGGUGUACGACCCAAGUGCAAGGGCGGCCAUUGCCUUCGUGACCUUGAACGACCCGUUCCUGGAGGGCGGUUUGCGGGUGGAGGACCGGCUCUGCGAGGACUCGUGUCGCGACCACGGCUGGCAGUUCGCCUCGCAGCACUCGGCGACCCUCGGCCACACCUACUGCUGUGACGUGCGCCAUCUCAGGCGGCGGGUCAGCUAUCUGCCUUCCAUCGACGUGGGCAGCGUGUUGAAGUACAAGUAUUAGCGUCGACCACGGUCUAAGAAGGGGAGGUCUGGACACUCCCCAACCAGGCCAGCAUGCAAAAGUGGCACACCUAAUGUCUCCGUAGUUCCGCUCCGCUCCACCAUCUGACCUGUAGCGCUGGUUGUUCUGCGGUGGUAUUUUAAGCUUUGUUGUUAUGAAAAACUCAUCUUAAUAAUAAUUUAAAUUUUCAUUUAAAUGUUAAAAAUGCAUUAAUCUCCAUAUAUCGAUACAGUAUUAAAUUGGAUGUGCUUUUGUUUUAUAAGUUUGGAAAUUAUUUCAUAAAUGAGGUACUUAAAUUAAGUUGCAUAGUAUUGUUUCCACAUUAGCAUUGGCGGGAAGACAGGAACUUCAUUGUGAGCAAGGAGCAUUGAUUGUUAGUAAAGAGAAUAAGCGUGUUUUAUUGUAAUUGUGAGAAUGCCUAACCAUUGUGUUGCACCUGGAUGCAAAACAAAUUAUCAGGCAAAGUCGGGCGAGAAAUAUGCGAUAUUCCGAGUUCCCAAUGAUGACAAUGUUAGGCAAUUGUGGCAGAAAGCAAUUCCACGAGACAAGUUUGUCCUUAAAAGAUCCCAUUAUGUAUGCGAAAAACAUUUUGUGGAAGACGACAUUCUCACAUAAAAGGAUCACAACGAUCAGUUCGGAAACGUCAUUGGAAUAGUAAGUUAAAUUUUAUUAUUUGUAUGAAUGUAGUCUAAAGAAUACCUACUUAUUUUUGUAUAGGCCCGACUUUUUUAAAAAUGUAAUGUAUGAUGAAUUUUAUUAAUGACCAGCAAAACCCUGAUAAUACCUGUUUGUAAGUAGUUUGACAAUACACCAUUAUUUAUUAAAAUACAAAAUUUGCAAAACGAGUGCGGUCUCUUCCUUAAAAAAAAUAAUAAUAAUCCCACAAUACUUUUAUUCAGUGCUCUAAACUUUCCUUUGUUAUUUCAAAAGGCGGAGAUACGAAAUUCCAACUAGUUUAGAAGUAAUCGCAGUUUGUAAUUUACAUUACAAUACCUGACGAUGGCACUUAUUUGUGUAGAAAAUAAUGUAUUGUAAAUGCAGGUUUGUUAUUCUUAUUCAAAUACGUAAAUCAGCCAAGUUAUGUACUUUGAUUCACCCUUUAAAUUUAAAUGUUAAAAUAUAGUGAAAUUAUUAUUAUUAUUCGAUGAAUUUUAAAAUGUACGUUACAAAGAACGAUGUUUGUUUAUUAAGUAAAGUAUAAUUUGAAAAUUCGUCGUCGAAGUUUUUUACUGUUUAUUAAAGGUAUUGUGUGUGUAGACAAAGUUUCAUAUUGGAACAGAAAAACGUAAGAAAGAAUUUUUUACAAAUUAGAAAUAGGUAUGUAUGUUUUUGUUUUUUAUUGUCGCGUAUUUUCACGUUUUUGUUUUGUUCUUAGCUGAAAAGAGAUAAUAUAAUAAAGCCGCUCUAAUGAGAUUUAAUUGUUUCUUGGUUAACAAAAACUGUUAAUUAUCAAAUAUUGUUAACUGUUAAUAUUCGAUUUAUUAUUAUUUACGCGACGUCAUACUGUACGCGUACGCAAUACGACUCGUAUCGUUGCUGUAACAUAACAUAGCAUGUUAUGCGGUAUCAGAAGCAACGAGUACCGUAACGAUACGAAAGUAACGAGUACUAAUUGUUAUAGUAACGAAUACAUACGGGUACGUUUUUUUCGUUACUUUUACACCUCUAGAUUUUUAACUAUCGUUGUAUCGUAUAUGUAUUAUUUACCUCUUGUUUGUUUUUCAAAAGAAUUGACAAAUUCAUAAUAACGUCUAGUGAUAUAUUUCCACCGCAAGACACCUAGCACUAGAGUUGAAUAGCGGACGUCGAACUAACUAUGGAGACGAUAAGUAGUCACUUUUAUCUGGCGAGUGUCCAGACCUCCCCUUCUUAGACCGUGGCGUCGACAUAACAGGAGGAGUCUGCACACCAGCUCCAUAAUCAUAAUGGUGAAUGACUUGGUUAUUGGCCGAUACAGUUGUCGAAAUAAAUGUGUCAUGUCGUACAGAUUAUUCCGACCUUACGGCCGGCGUUCUCGCGUUCCCCUCCCACAUAUGCGCCCUAAUAGGGUAGGGUGGGAGUAGCAUUCCAGUUCUCUUGUUUAAACAUCCCAGAGCUUUUUAAGUAACGUAAGUAAUGUUGUUGAUCGGGAGGGUAUUAGAGCUUCGGCACCGACCAGCGGCUGGAGCCACCAACCCAGCAUAGUGCCACUUCAGUCCCUUUACCACACUUAGCUAACCAGACAGUUGGCUGUGUCAUGUCAUACACAGUAUGUACAUUAUUAUAGUUAUAAAUUCGCAAUUUACUCUUUGUA